GCCCUAUUUAUCUGGAAGAGUACCGUCUGGACACCUGCUGUGACCAUGGCUUUGUAGUCCCUGUGUGACCUUGUUGUUACAGAUGCAGUCACCUGCCACUCACCAGAGACUGAUGCCAGAGAGUUUCCACAGCUAUUUCUGCCCGCACUUCGGAGACACUUGAGGAAUGGCUCAGACUCUGUGACUGGAUUUUGACCAUCCGUCAUAGUCGAGGGCGUAAAUCAUGGCCAACAUGGCGGUUCAACUCCUUGGCUUCUUCCUGGGGCUGCUGGGGUUUGCAGGAACUGUGGUCGCGACUCUGCUCCCCCACUGGCGCAGCACAGCGUACGUGGGCUCCAACAUCAUCACAGCUACCUCCUACAUGAAAGGCCUGUGGAUGGAGUGUGUGUGGCACAGCACAGGCAUUUACCAAUGCGAGGUGUACAGAUCUCUACUGGCGCUGCCACAGGACCUGCAGGCUGCCCGGGCGCUCAUGGUGCUCUCCUGUGUCACAUCAGUCCUUGCAUCUGUGGUGUCUGUAAUGGGAAUGAAAUGCACCCGCUUCGCCCGGCACUCGUUAAUCAAGUCUCCCUUGGUCCUAAGUGGGGGGAUCUGUUUUAUCUGUGCCGCCCUGCUCUGCCUGAUCACCGUGUCCUGGACCACCAACGAUGUCAUCAUGGAUUUCUAUGACCCCUUCCUUCCCAGCGGGUUGAAGUAUGAGAUCGGCCUGGCCGUGUACCUCGGCUACGCCUCAUCCUGCCUCAGUCUGACCGGAGGCCUGGUGCUCUGCUGGAGCAGCAGCAGUGGCAGGUCACAGAGGCCCCUCCAUGUGCAGAGGAAUCGACCACUAUCACCUCCCCCUGCCUUUAACCACAUAUAUCCUCCUGCACCGCCCUACAAACCCCCCGAGGCCCUGAAGGACAAUCACGCUCCUUCACUUUGCUCCCUUUCCAGCAGCUACAGCAGCGGCUACAGGCUCAGCAACUACGUCUAAGACCAGAGGAAAUACUAACACGAUACCUGCAAAACCAUGGGAACUCUGGUGAACAAAAUGACUUUUAUUGUCUUAAAGACUUUAGCCUCCCAUAACACAAAAAAUCGAAAAGCAGAGAUGUUUUGUUACUUCACCAUCUUUGACUAAAAAUCAGAUUUUGAAAGGAUAUUACAAAUGACAAACUGCUGAGGCUGUCAUCUGACUUUCACAUGACCAGAUUUGACAGCCAAACAAAACUCACAUUGUGAGUGAGAGUGAACUGAGAGCAAAGACCCGUUGACCUCCUGCAAUGUACAUGAUGGACCAGAAGAUGGCAAUAUUUUACUGAAAACAGCCGAGGAGAGACUACACAGACAUACAGUAGAUCCCUCUUUCCUACCACGUUAGAACAGGUUUCGUUCUGGUUGCCUCACCUAAUUUUGAACAGUUCGGAACAUUUCAACCAUUUCAACCAACCAACUAUUCAGAACCAAAAUCAAGUUCGGUUCUCAGCUGGAUCCAAAAACAGACAACGAACAAGGCAACAAUAGAAAAGUCAAGUAAUCAUCAAAAAAAAAAAAAACUGUAUGGAAUGGUCUCAUGGGUAGUUGGUCCAUGCAUGUUUUUUGGGUUAAAACAAAUAUCUUUAAAAGCAGCACAGAUGUUUGCAGGUAAUCAAUGCAAUGCACAUUUUUCCUUCUACUGCUUAUUCCCAUUGUGCAUUAUGCAACACCCUCCAUUGACAACAUCCUUGAUUACAAUGGUUCCCCUCAAAACUGGUGGAAAUGCAGAGUGGUUUGCUAGAUAUCGCCAAGGUUUCAAGAAUCCUAAACAGAACUGGUUCAAGAAGCACAGAUAAUUUAAGGGCAAAGAGGUAACCAUUUCCUUACUGUAUGCUAUAACACUUUUUUAUGGAUAAGCAAUUGUUCUGUUCCUUCUGUUGUU